AUGGCAAGCAGCCAACUCACCACGCUCGUUUCAUUUAUCGUCCUCUCGUUGGCUGUUUCCUCAAUAACUGCACAUGAAAAUAGCACAAGCACUCAGAAACCAGUAGAGAAGCAUGUCGACGUGGUGGUAGAAGGAGUAGUCUACUGCCAGAGCUGUGAUCACUAUGGAACAUGGUCUUUGACGGGAGCAGAGCCCAUUGAAGCAGCCACAGUUAGUGUUAUCUGCAAAGACCACAGAAACCGAGUCAGUUUCUAUAAGGCAUUCCAUACAGACAACAAUGGAUAUUUCUAUGCACAGCUUCUAGGAUUCAAGAUGAGACAUGCUCUAUUGGAUCAUCCUCUUCACUCAUGCCGCGUAAAAUUGGUAUCUUCACCGCUUGAAAACUGCAAUCUUCUCUCCAAUAUCAAUUAUGGACUCUAUGGUGCUCCACUUCGUUAUGAAGAUAAGAAACUAGUUGGAACAAAUUAUGAGGCUGUAAUAUAUGCUGCAGGCCCCUUGGCAUUCCGUCCAGCCCAUUGCGCUCCCAAGGAACAACCAUGA